GUUUAUCAGGAGAUUUAUUUUAAAGCAAGAGAUGCUGUGAUCUCAUUGAUUAAUCAAGAACGUGAGGGCGAGCAGAUUGAUAGAGCUUUGCUCAAGAAUGUAUUAGAUAUUUUUGUUGAAAUUGGGUUGGGUAAGAUGGACUAUUAUGACUUCGAAGCAUACAUGCUUAAACGCACUGCAGCUUAUUAUUCUCGGAAAGCAAAAAGCUGGAUUUCAGAGGACUCCUGUACAGGUUAUAUGCUGAAGGCUGAGGAGUGUUUGAAACAGGAGAAAGACAGAGUUUCGCAUUACUUGCAUUCAAGUAGUGAACCAAAGCUUUUGGAGAAAGUGCAAAAUGAGUUAGUCUCUGUAUAUGCAAGGAAAGUUCUUGAGAAAGACCAUUCCGGAUGUCGUCCGUUGCUCCGGGAUGAUAAGGUGGAUGAUUUGUCGUGGAUGUACGGACUCUUUUGUAAAAUAAAUUUCCAGGAUGAUGCUGUUUA